AAGCGCAAGGCAGGCAAGCUCCUCUCUCAAGUCUCGGCACCUCCAACUACGCAGCAACCAACCAUGAGCACCAGCGAUGCCGCCGCGACCGUGAUCCCCAUCGACGACGUGCCCCGCCAGCACGGCAAGGCCCCGGCCGUGGACACGGUCACGGCGGCGCCUCCUCCUCUCGCUGCAGCAGCACCCCCCGCUGCGACGACGGCGCCUCGGAAGACGCGGGUCCCGUUCUUCCGGCGCGCCGACCGCGGCAGCCGGUGCGUGGCGCUCCUUGACUUGGUGCUGAGGGUGGCGGCCUUCGGGCCCGCCCUCGCCGCCGCCAUCGCCACGGGCACCUCCGACGAGACGCUCUCCGUCUUCACCCAGUUCUUCCAGUUCCACGCCCGAUUCGACGACUUCCCGGCGCUCCUGUUCUUCAUGGUGGCCAACGCGAUCGCGGCGGGGUACCUGGUGCUGUCCCUCCCCUUCUCCGCCGUCGUCGUCCUCCGCCCCCAGGCCAUCGGCUUGCGCCACCUCCUGCUCAUCUGCGACCUGAUCAUAGCGGCGCUGCUGACGGCCGCGGCGGCGGCGGCGGCGGCGAUCGUGGACCUGGCGCACUCGGGGAACCAGCGCGCUAACUGGGUGCCCAUCUGCAUGCAGUUCCACGGCUUCUGCCAGCGCACCAGCGGCGCCGUCGUGGCAUCCUUCCUCGCCGUGCUCGUCCUCCUGUUUCUCGUCAUCUUGGCCGCCUUCACCAUCAGGAAACGCUGCUGAACUGGAUAGUAUGUGAUGUUGCUGUUUUUGCGUCGUGCAAUUAAUAAUGCAAUGUGGUUUCAGUUUGUGGUCACUCGUGUGUAAUUGUAAAGCGUGGAGUGGAAUUGCCUUUGUAUUAUUCGUGGACACCUGCUUGCGGAAUUUUAAAUUGGGCUUAACUUCUCGGCCUGGUUUCAUGUCC